AAAGUUCAGAACAAUGGAACACUUUAUAUUCAUGUUUACAUAACCAAACGUGGAAGAUUUCCAGAUCCCUUGCAUUCCAAGUUCAACAGGCUGGCUGUUGUAAAUAGAUCUAUGUGUAAGUACUGGCCUCAGUGUCUUUAUGGAGAGCAAACUUAAUCAAUGUUAGCUAUUAUAUAUCCCAUUAAUCGAUGGUUCUGUGUUUAUAGAGUUAAAAUUCAUGUGGCUUACUUUAAGUCACUAGUGUAGAAUUUUUUAUAAAAGAAGCUCUUAUUUCUUAUGCAGUGAUUUUUUUCCUUAACAAAACUAAGCCAUUAGCAGAGCGGUUAGAUCUCCUGUUCUGAUGUCUCUGUGCUUUUGGAAAGUAAGGCCUGUCAUGUUAUUCCCUUAACAAUCUCUAAUGGACACAUGUUCUAUUUUUUCUUUAGUGUUGACAGUGUUCAGGAAGAAACGAGUUCAUAAAACAGUGAAUUUGUUGACUGGCAAGGCAGAUGCCAAUCCAGAUAUUGUAGAUGUGGUUAGUUUGGAUGUAAAAUAA